AUCGACCCGGAAAAUUGGCCCGCGGCCCGGCCAAGAAUAUUCAGCCCGACAAUAAACCCCAAAAGAACCCCUUCUAGUAGUAUUUUCUUCCUUCCCAAGAAAAUUUUCACACAAACAAGAUCAAAAACCGACAAUACUCAACUCAAUUUCAUCAGAAAAUCGAAUUGAUAAAAAAAUCUUGCCCAAAUCAAAAACCCUAAUCGAAGCAAUGGUGACAGAAGAUUCAGUAAUGCUGGUAAUAAGAGCAUCUAGACCUAAUUUCCGAAACAAUCACGACAAGUUAGCUUUUGCCGUCCACUCUUCGUUUCUAGCGGCUGGUUACGUCCUCACUGCCACCGGUCCCCCUGCUUUCGCCGAGAAUUCUCUCUCUUCUUCCUCUUCAAAUGAUGAGGUUGGGAUUGAUCACUGGAACGAAGUGGAAAACGGGUACGCUUUUGUGUAUAAAAAUCCUAAGAAGGGUGACAAGAAGGUGUUGGUAAAGUGCUUGGUGAUGGGUGAUAAGCUGAUGGUUGAUGCUUUAAGUGAUGGUGCUUCUGAGCCUGUGCACCUUGGAAUAAGUGUUGAUGAUUAUGUUACUGAGACUGCAGUAAGUGAUUAUCCUGCUCAGUAUAAAAAUUUAGGGAAGCUUGUAAGCAGUUUGGAGUCAAAUGUGCUUUCUAAAUUGGAUGGAUCUUCACCAGGAGGUUCUGUGUCUGCUCCCUCAAGGUUACUUGCUGAUGAGGAAGCAAACAGAUAUCCUGAUGGAUCUACUGGCUCGCAGGACCCACAGACAGGGUUUGUGGUUCCUCCAGUCAGUCCAUUUGGGGGUAGUGAUCUGUAUCCAGGUCCUGGUGCUGGAAUGUAUCCCUCUAGGGGUGAUUUUGGCGGUGGAUCCAUGCUCAUAGGUCCUGAAGAUCCUAGAUGGCUCGGCGACAGAGGUGGUUUCCCUGGCAUUUCGGGAGGACCUGGAGGACUUGGUAUUCCACCUGGUGCUCGAUAUGAUCCUUAUGGUCCACCAGGAGUCCCUGGUUUUGAGCCUGAUCGUUUCGGAAGGUUCCCACGAGGACCUAACCCUGGGCGCGGUGGUCGCCGAGGAGGGAUUCACCCAGAUAUAGAGCAACCUGGAAGUGGUGGUUUUGAUUACAUAUAAAGUUUUCAUAUUUACAAUACUCUUAAUAGGUAGUUUGGAGGAUGCCGAACAAAAUGUGAGUAUGUGUAUCUAAGUCCGAUGUUGUAAACUUGUAAAUACUUCAACUGUUUCACUCCUGUCAGAGUUUUUGUGACUGUACUUAUUUCCUUCAUAUAUAGUAGCAAGUAUCAUGGAUUUUCUUUUU